AAAUAAAUAAAUAUCAUCAAUCGAUCGAAGUAACAAUAUUAGGAAUCCAAAGUGUACACGCUCCUCCUUGCGAUCCACAGAGAGAGGGGGAGAGAGAGAGAGAGAGAGGAGAAGAACUGAUCAAGAAGGAAAGAGAGUGAUGGUGGGUUGGGUCAGAUCGGUUCCGGUGCUUCUGCUGCUCCUUGUUUUGGCCACACCGAUCCAACUUUGGCAGCAGGUGGUCGCCGUGGUACCAAUCCUUGAGGCCAAGACAGAAUCCAAUAUUCUUCAGGAUUCUAUUGUACAGAAGGUUAAUGCAAACCCUAAUGCAGGAUGGAAAGCUUCCAUAAACUCUCGCUUCUCCAAUUAUACAGUUGCACAAUUCAAAUAUAUUCUUGGAGUGAAGCAGAUGCCUCAAAAUUCCAUGAAAGAUAUUCCUGUUAAAUCUCAUGGCAAACCUUUGGGGCUGCCCAGACAGUUUGAUGCUAGGACAGCUUGGCCUCAGUGUAGCACUAUUGGAAGAAUACUUGAUCAGGGACACUGUGGUUCUUGUUGGGCAUUUGGUGCAGUGGAAUCAUUGUCAGAUCGUUUCUGUAUCCAAUUUAACAUGAACAUCUCUCUUUCUGUUAAUGACCUCUUGUCCUGCUGUGGUUUUAUGUGUGGGGAUGGUUGCGACGGAGGGUACCCUAUACGUGCAUGGCACUACUUUGUGCAGAGUGGUGUUGUUACUGAUGAGUGUGACCCAUAUUUUGAUGAAGCUGGAUGUGUCCAUCCAGGCUGUGAACCUGUCUAUCCGACACCACAGUGCGAAAAGAAGUGCAAAGUGAAGAAUCUUUUUUGGGAAGAAACAAAGCACUUCAGUGUUAAUGCUUACAGAAUAAAUUCUGAUCCUCGGGAUAUUAUGGCAGAGGUCUACAAGAAUGGUCCUGUUGAAGUUUCCUUCACAGUUUAUGAGGAUUUUGCUCAUUAUAAGUCAGGGAUCUACAAACAUAUUACAGGCGAUGUCAUGGGUGGACACGCAGUUAAGUUGAUUGGUUGGGGAACCAGUGAUGAUGGUGAAAAAUAUUGGCUUCUAGCAAAUCAGUGGAAUAGAGGUUGGGGUGAUGAUGGUUACUUCAAGAUUGUUAGGGGCACAAAUGAAUGCGGGAUUGAAGAGGAUGUGGUUGCUGGGUUGCCUUCUUCAAAGAACCUGAUCAGGAACUUAGCUGGCAUGAAUAUAGCUCAGGAUGCCACUGCUUAAUUUUACAUUAGCGUACUAUAAAUAAACAACUCUGUUAAGAGUGUUUAAACAUAAGGACGAAUGUAAAUGUUGAAGAGAUGCCGCGGGUUGUGAUGCCAGUCUAUAUUGUAAUACAGAAUGAAUACUCUUGCCUUAUUUUUCAUCUUCAUGGUUGUUAAAACUCGAAAGCAUCACAUGUAUCGUGAUGUCUAUGUUUAUGUUAAAAAAAAAACAUUGUAUUAUUUGAAGGAUGCUAUGUCACUUUAUGCUUUAGACGAUA